UGUGUACCCGUACGAGUACACAGAUAGUUGGGAGCGGCUGGAAGACAGGAGACUACCGAGUAAGAGGGAUUUUUUUAGUACGUUGACGGAGACCGGUAUUAAGGAGAAGGAGUUUGACCACGCGAAGUAGGUCUGGGACCACUUUGGCUGUACGAUGUUGGGCGAGUACAGCGAUCUGUACCUCAAAAUCGAUGUGCUGUUGUUGGCGGACGUUUUUGAGAACUUCCGCGACGUGUGCAUGAGGGCGUAUAACCUGGACGCCGCCCAUUAUUUCACCGCCCCAGGCUUAAGUUUCGAUGCAUUGCUUAAGUUCACGGGGCAAAAGCUCCAGUUAUUACAUGAUUAUGACAUGCUAUUAAUGUUCGAAAAUGGUCAAUAUAUUAUUUUUAAAAAUGAAUAUAUAUAUAUAAUAAUCUUAUUUAUUUUUAUAGGUAUACGUGGAGGACUAGUGCAGGCGAGUAAGAGGUACGCGAAGGCGAAUAAUACAAAAACUCCGGGGUAUGACGAAACGAAGGAGAAAUCGUGGAUAAUAUAUCAGGACUGUAACAACUUGUAUGGGUGGGCAAUGUCCCAGUACAUGCCGUACGGUGGGUUCAACUGGGUUGAACCCACAUUAAACGGGUUAAAUGAUUUAGAUGAUACAUCACCAAUAGGUCGAGUGUAUGAGGUUGAUGUGUCAUAUCCCCCAAGAUUACAUUCUAUCCACAACGACCUCCCCUUCCUGCCGCAAAAUAGUGUGCCGCGUGGUUCAAAGGUAAAGAAGUUGAUGGCCACGUUUGAGAUAAAGGAGAAUUAUAUUAUACAUUAUCGAAACCUGCAGCAGGCGAUUAAGAAUGGAUUAAUAGUAGAAAAAGUUCAUAGGGUUAUUCAGUUUGAUCAGUCAGACUGGUUAGCUAAAUAUAUUGAGUUAAAUACCGAGAUGAGGAAGAGGGCUAGGAAUGAUUUUGAGAAAGAUUUUUUUAAACUUAUGAAUAACGCUGUAUUUGGGAAGACUAUGCAAUCGAAGAGGAAGGAGAUGAAGAUGGAGUUGGUGUCAUGUGAGAGGAGGUUGCAAAAACUUAUAAACAAGAGCACAUUUAAACACUGUACAAAUUAUACUGAAAACCUGAACGCUGUCGCUUUGGAGAAUAAAAUUAUUAAAUUCGAUAAACCUAUAUAUAUUGGAUUUGCAGUACUGGACAUAUCAAAAACAAUGAUGUAUGACUAUCAUUACAAUGUAAUGAAGAAACACUAUGGCCCUAGAUUAACUCUUAUGUAUACUGACACAGAUUCAUUAGUAUAUCACAUUCAGACGGAUGAUUUUUAUGUAGACUUGGCGGCUAACAGUAACUUGUUGGACCGGAUGGACACCGCCAACCUGCCCAGUGGCCAUCCGUGUUAUGUUGUAGAUAGGAAGAAGUCCCCAGGGUACUUUUCUGAUGAAGUGGAUGCUAAUAUUAUUACUGAGUUCUGUGCGUUGAGGGCCAAGUCGUAUGCGUUUAAUGUAUAUGCUGGACCAGAAGUCAGAGUAGGAGGAGGAGAGAAAAUUAAAGCGAAGGGUAUCAGGUCUCAUGUGGUUAAAAUCCACAUGACAUUGGAAGAUCAUAGGAAGUGUUUGUUUGGGGAAGAAGGAGUAGAGUUAUACAGAGAUAAUGUUUCAAUUAAGUCGUUUAACCACCAACUGAUGACGAUAAAAACAAAGAAAUUGACAUACAACAGCUACGAUGAUAAGAGGGUGGUGCUAGAAGAUAAAAUAAAUACACUAGCCCAUGGUCAUUAUAGUAUAGAGGAAGAUGAUAUAUGGCCAGAACUUAAGGAAGAUGGGGGGAACUGGAACGAGGAAGAGAAAGGAUUAAUGAUAGGUCUUCUACAUUACAUAACCUGAUUUUAUAUAUUGUAUAUUUUUUUUUUCUGUUAAUUAGUUUUAUUGUAAAUAUUAAACGUUUAUAUAGCUUGUUAUAUAUUGUAAAUAUUAUCA